AACUUCGACAAGUUAAAUGUGAGGACAGCACACUACACACCUCUUCCUUCCGGUGCUAAUCCCCUGAAGAGAGAGAUUUCUGACUAUGUUAGGUCUGGCUUUAUUAACCUGGACAAGCCCUCCAACCCAUCCUCUCAUGAGGUGGUGGCGUGGAUCCGGCGCAUCCUGCGCGUGGAGAAGACGGGGCACAGUGGCACCCUGGACCCCAAGGUGACAGGGUGCCUCAUCGUGUGCAUCGAGAGGGCCACAAGGCUGGUCAAAUCCCAGCAGAGUGCAGGCAAAGAGUAUGUGGGAAUUGUUCGGCUGCACAAUGCCAUUGAGAGUGAGGCUCAGCUGGCCAGGGCCAUAGAAACCCUGACAGGUGCCCUGUUCCAGCGGCCACCCCUCAUUGCUGCUGUCAAGCGACAGCUGAGAGUCAGAACCAUCUACGAGAGCAAGCUGGUGGAGUAUGAUCCUGAGAGAAGAUUAGGUAUCUUCUGGGUGAGCUGUGAAGCAGGCACGUACAUCAGAACCCUCUGUGUGCACCUGGGGCUGCUGCUGGGCGUGGGGGGCCAGAUGCAGGAGCUGCGCAGAGUCCGCUCGGGCAUCCUGGGAGAGACGGACAACAUGGUGACCAUGCAUGAUGUGCUGGAUGCCCAGUGGCAGUACGACAACAACAAGGACGACAGCUACCUGAGGAGGGUCAUCCUGCCCCUGGAGAAACUGCUGACCUCACACAAGAGGCUCGUCAUGAAAGACAGUGCAGUUAAUGCCAUUUGCUAUGGAGCCAAGAUCAUGCUGCCUGGUGUUCUGAGGUAUGAGGAUGGGAUUGAGCUUAAUCAGGAGAUUGUUGUCAUCACCACAAAAGGAGAAGCCAUCUGCCUAGCCAUUGCCCUGAUGACCACAGCUGUCAUUUCCACGUGUGACCACGGCGUGGUGGCAAAGAUCAAGAGAGUGAUCAUGGAGAGAGACACCUACCCCAGGAAAUGGGGGCUGGGCCCCAAGGCCAGUCAGAAGAAGAUGAUGAUCCAGAAGGGUCUGCUGGACAAGCAUGGAAAGCCCAAUGAGAGCACACCAGAGUCCUGGAAGAUGGAAUAUGUGGAUUACAGGGAUGCUUCCAGGAAAGAAGCAGCUGCUGAUCACCAGGCUGUUUCAGAGGUGGACAGGGCUGCAAAAAGAAAGAGAGACUCCGAGAGUGAAAACGAGGAAGCUGUGACCCCUCCAUCCCCUGCCACCCCACCACCAGAGGAGCUGAGCAAAAAGGAAAAGAAAAAAAGGAAGAAAGAGAAGAAAGCCCAAGAGGCAGCUGAGAGUGGGGGAGAACAAAUUGAGAGGACCAGUGAGAGCAGCAGCAAGAAGAAGAAGAAGAAGAAACACAAGGAGGUAGAAGAGAGCUCGGACUAAGCAGCUGGGUGUGUCCAAAGCAAGCAACCUCAUCAUUGUGAGGAGGAGGAGUUUUAGGCCUUGAGAAGAGAACUGGCUGUGUGGCAGAGGAACCAGCAAGUUCAGGUUCUUCUCUGCUGUUUAUAUGAGUGAGGGGGUGUUUGCCCUGCUCAGGUGCCCCUCUUCAUCCUGUUUUAAGGGUUGCCAGAGGAGCAGGGUGCCUCACUGCCCCUGCACUGGAUUGAUCUCUAAAGCUGAGCACCAUGAUGCCAACAGAAGUGGUAUCUUCAGGGAAACUGUAGCUUCUGGCUCUUCCUUGGUCUCUGUUUUCACCUUAGUGAGGGUGGAAUAAUCUGUCUCCCCCCUCAUGUACUGCCUCUUUCUUCCUUUUCUCCCAAGGCUGAGGCUGUUACCUGACAGUUAAAGAAUGUGUUGCUUCUUGGAGGAGUGGCUUUGUCACAGCCCAUGUGCAUGGGUUUCCAUGGGGACAGAUCAGUUAUUUCUGAAGGACUGUGUUUUGUUUUAACCUGGCCACAUGCUUGGCUUCACCUUCAGUUAAAUGAGAACAAACAGUCCACUCAGAUUGUUUUUCACUCCUUUUUUGACCUUUAUCAUGAAAGGAUUAGAGAAUUUAAUUCCCCCUUUUUGCUUAUAGCACAAGGCUGUGCUUGUUCAUGGUGUGCUGAUUGCCAGGCCCAGCAGCCUCAGUGACCUGGGCAGUGUGUCCCUUUGGCUGGCUCUUUGCUCUUCUCUACCCUUUGUUGGCCUGGAGGGUAGGAGGUGACCAGGAGGUGACCAACAUGUUCUUCGUGCUGCUGGGGCUGGAGUCCUCCUGAGGAAAAGCUUGGUCAGAGGCAGCUCUGCCAAGGGGCAUUCAUUGGGUGUGGGCUUGAACGGUUUCAGAUAAAUCUGUUGUAUUGCUAAGCUAUCUGGAAUUACUUGCUGGGGGCAGAAGGUCUCUCCUCUGUCACAGGGGGAAUGCUGAGCCAGAAUUGAGUUCCUUGUAAUGAGGAAAAACCUCAGGCUGUUUUGUUCUGAGUUUGAUCCCUGCAGAGAUUCUGUUAACUGUUGGUUUAACCUUGUGCACUGCUUUAGUCUUAAUGGUCUAUGCUCCCCUCCAGUGCUGGAGAUGCAGGCAGAGGGGACAGCAGCUGGUGGGUGUUACAACCUGAGCACGAAAAAAAGAAAAGGUCCAUUUUUAUUUACUCCUUUUUUACAAAAAAAAAAAAAAAUAAAACUUCCAGUUUUGAACAGGUGA